UUUGUUUGGGCGUACUGGGACAACACAGCAUACUGUAACACGGUACCUAUAUCUACAAUGUGAAACGAAAAUCUGCUCUCGCUGAGCAUGAAUAUGUUGACGUCUUCCCCACACCGAAUCUUUUGCAAAAAAAAUAAAACUAGCUGGGAUGAUGGUGUAAGAUUGUGACAUGUUUGCCCUUCAGUUUGUGCGAUACUGAUUGCAUGACAUCAGGGGUUUAUAGUGAGACAGCAAUGGGGUUGAUGUGGACUACUCUCGUCUUUACAUCGUUCAUGAUGGCAACAAAAUGCGCGUCAAGUCGCGAACUAAGCAAUCAGGACCGUCUUCUGAAGGAUCUGCUUGCCAACUAUGGUUACACCUCUAUGCGACCUGUCUACAACUUGUCUCAUCCAGUGACAGUAGAACUAGUCUUCGUACUCAGUCAAGUCAUCGAGCUGAAUGAACGGCACCAGACGAUUGAGAUAAGUGCUUGGAUAACGCAGAGAUGGACUGAUGAGUACAUGAGGUGGAACCCGAAUGAUUAUGGUGGAGUCGGUCGUAUCUACGUGCACAAGUAUAUGAUAUGGCUGCCGGAUAUUACCCUAUAUAAAAGUGCUGACCACGAUUUCGAGAGUUAUAAGGACAUCCCCGUCAAGGUCGAAAGCAACGGGAUGGUUACCUGGGCUGCCCCGGCCAUCCUCAAGUGCACCUGCGUGAUCGACGCCCUUCUCUUCCCCUUCGACACCCAGGUCUGCGAGGUGCGCUUUACAUCGUGGGCGUUCAACGCAAACCAGCUUAAUCUCACCAACAUGACAGACGAACGGAAGAAUUUCUACUCCGAUGUCGGGGUAUGGGAGCUGCUAGACGUGGUCGUCAAACAGAGAGAGAGUUACUACUUUGGGGAGAGUUACGUGGAGUUGUCGUACUUCAUCCACCUGCGGCGCAAACCUUUAUUCUACCUGCUACAGAUUAUUGUACCGUGUGUCCUCUUCUCAUUUCUGAACCUGAUGGUGUUUGUCCUGCCCCCAGAGUCAGGGGAGAAGAUAUCACUAGGGGUGACCAACCUGCUUUCGUUGAUCGUGUUCAACCAGUUGAUCAGCGGUAGCCUUCCGCCGACAGCGUACAACAGACCGAUAAUUGGCUAUUACUUUACUCCGAUGAUAGUUCUUGCCUGCACUUCUGUCGUGUGCACCGUGAUUGUAAUUAGGCUGUAUUACCGCGACAGUAGUCAACCAAUUCCCCGCGGGGUUGAGUACUUCGUGUUCACAGUUCUAUCAAAGCUGGUAUGUCGUCGCAGCUUGGGCAACAUCUCUCCGAAUGGCGCUAAAUCCCGAAAGGGAGGCAUAGCAUCCCCCAGCCACCAGCUGGAGAGACUGGAUUCCAGGAUCUGCAGGCCGGUCGACUCAGUUCGACUAAGAACCGAGAAUGGUGUUGGAGCCCCGCCCGUAAAGUCGCGCUACCGUGGGGUCAGGGAUUGGGACAGCGCCGUCCAUGACUCCGCCAGGCGGGUGUUCGCAGCGGCCCACUCCAAGACACUGGAUUCUCCCGUUAUGAAAGCCAGGCAACGCAUGUUCGACGGCAAGGCGGAGACUACAUACGAGCCGCAGCAGACUCGAGCAUCACAGUCAGGUGUCCGUCACACCUGGCAGGAGGUGGCGUUGGUGCUUGACCGGACAGUACUAAUUUUAUCGUUAAUUAUAACUCUGAGUUCAAUAACUUGUACUGUUGUCUUGUUUCUUACUUAUCUCCAUUCCAUAUAACCUUAAACCGUUCCUAUGUAUAUAUCUUUGCCAAUUUCUUUUCGGUUCUGUGAUGCAAACAGUCUUCGGUUAAAUUCUGCUGGGUGCGCUCAAGGUAUCUUUUCUUUGUGCGUUUAUGGGCACAACCCAAAAAGUAGCGGGAACUUAAAGCUCCUGAUUUGUGUAUCAAACUUUGAAAUCCUUCACAAUGCAACUUUUUGUGAAAUAAACCCAGAAAUCCUUCACGAUGCAACUUUCUGUGAAACAAAAACCCUUAUAGGUCAAACAUCAUUUUAUACUUAUUCGUUGUUAAUAAGAGAAAAGACUUUUUCGCUGUGCUGUAUAAGUGAGAUUUGUACUUACAUAAUAUCUGUUAUUCUAGUCUAGCGCUGUAAUUGAUCUCAAUAAGAUUCAAUAUUUAAGGAGAAAACACUUCUUUUAUCGAUAGGGUUUAACCAAACGUUAUCAAUGUUAAGCUGUGCAAGUGUACAAGUAAGAAAAAUAUUAUACCACAUUAAGGAUCCCACAGUUGACGACUUGGCAGGCUCCGCAACGAAGGAAGACUUCAUGGAUAGUGAAAACAGUUCCUUGACGGUAGGAAUCAGCCGGAACGCGGGGGUGAAUUCACCCCUACCAUACGGCCGGUAAUAGAUGAAACAAUGACGGGCGUCAGCUGAUAGAAAACUUGAAUACUGAACUGUAGAGUCAGUUCACAAAAUGUCUUUCCCAGAACUAGAUUCAGUUCUCAAGCAACUUCCUCAGUCAAGUUGAACUUUCUGUAAUCGCUCCACAGACGAGUCACAAGCAUGUAGAUCAGGGUCCUGAUUAAGUUUAGAGCAAAAUUGAAUUGAAAUUGUUUCUCACCGCGAGCUCUUGUUCUCACGGGUCUCUGGCCAAACAGAGAGACCGUAUGACUCAGUCAACUUUAUAUCCAUGGGCCAUCUCCGCUGCCGCCAAAUACCCAUUUACC